AUGAAAGAAUUUCACCAAUGUUCAUCUGUAGCUGUUACUCAAAAGAACCUAAAGGAAAAUUCUGAAUUGUCUUCUUUCUUGAGGAAAUCUGCUCAUCCAGAUCCUAAUGGUUGGAUUCAUGUAGGGCGAAAACGUUUCACUCAAAAUAUAGAACAGUGUUGUCAGUUGAGGAAGCCUUGCCUGGUUUCACCAAAGAAUGUAGCAUCUUUGAACUGUAAAACGUAUCCAAGAGAAUUUCAACAGUGUUCAUUUGCUGCUGUUACUCAAAAGAACCUAAAGGAAAAUUCUGAAUUGUCUUCUUUCUUGAGGAAAUCUGCUCAUCCAGAUCCUAAUGGUUGGAUUCAUGUAGGGCGAAAACGUUUCACUCAAAAUAUAGAACAGUGUUGUCAGUUGAGGAAGCCUUGCCUGGUUUCACCAAAGAAUGUAGCAUCUUUGAACUGUAAAACGUAUCCAAGAGAAUUUCAACAGUGUUCAUUUGCUGCUGUUACUCAAAAGAACCUAAAGGAAAAUUCUGAAUUGUCUUCUUUCUUGAGGAAAUCUGCUCCUCCAGAUCCUAAUGGUUGGAUUCACGUAGGGCGAAAACGUUUCACUCAAAAUAUAGAACAGUGUUGUCAGUUUAGAAACUUUGUUAGGGGCUGCAAGAAUAUAAUUUUUUAGAACUGCUAGACAUGGAAAAGUUUGGGAACCUGUGUCUUAGAAGAUGAUAUUGUGAAGUUCAGUUUUGAACUAAUAAAGAAUACUGUAUAUGUACAUAUAAAAAAAUCUAAUAUCUA